CAGAGAUUCUAUCGUCUUGAAAAUCAGACCGACAGCUCGACCCAUCUGACUGCCUGCCUAUUUGUUCGUGGAACAUGAGAUAAGUGCGCUCGAAUCGGUCUAUCCUAGAUUCAGUACCAGGACCCUCGUUUGAACACUAUCCCUUUUCGAUUUCCGCAUUGGCACGCAUACCGUGAAUAAUCGACCAUGGAAGCCACACUUACCCAUCGGCCGUGGGAGCCUGCCACCACUGGACCCCAAACCCCUACAGUAUCUUCAUCGCAGACCCUCCCCUCGAUAUCGACGUUGACAGCGAGCAUGACCAGCACCGCCGCUCCUCCGGCGGAGAAGUCGCCCGGUAAUGUGUCGUUGAAUACAAUUGAGCGCGAUUCGGGGAAUUGGUCUAUGCCUCAGAGCACAAGUAAACCUCCGCACUACCUUGGUUGGUUAAGGAGUGCUGACAUGAUUUGUUCAGGAUCCUCUACCUACUCCACCGCGACAAAUGGGACCGGGAACUACCCUUCUCUUUCAUUCCUUACGUCCUCUCAGCCGUCUCCCAAUCGCGUAUCCACGGUCUCCGAUCGAUCUCCUUAUAACGACCAUUCGAACGCCAAUACCCCCUCCUCCUCGGGCGCGCAGCCAUCUCCGAACUUUGGCUCAGCGCAGCCAAACCCAGCGCUUCCUUCCAUUAACCAGAACUACGACGCGCCAUCUCAGAGAGGUAGCAUUGCAGAACCAGCGGAGUCACGACGGAGCAGUAUUGAUAGUCGGAUGAAUCAGGGAAUAAGCUCUCUUGCCAUAAACCCCGCUUCUCCCUAUCAUAGCACGAACGCGUCGCAGACAUCGAUCGUCUCGGGGUUACAGCGGGAGCGUGGAAUAUCUAUGGAUGUGAAUAUGAAUAAUACUUACCGAGGCCCCCGCCAUUCUGGGGGACAGCCUCUCUCCCCUUUGGGCCCACGGGCUAGCGAACAUCGUGGAUUUGCGGCUGGCCGCACUGCACCCGCGAUCUCUUCGAACCCUCGCUCGGAAAUUUACAAUGCGGAGGCGCCCACAGCUGGUCUUGCGUACGCUUUCCCAGAUCCGGAUGUUGCACGGUCCAAUUCAAUCUCUUCUACGACCGAAAAGUCGAGCGCACAGUUUUGCAGAAAAGGGAGCACGGCGGAAUCAUUUUCAAGCAGCAUCUACUCGGAUUCCCGUUUGCCUCGUGGUCAGCAUGAACUCCCUCAAAAUGUCCACCAUCAUUCGCUACAACAUAAACAAGUUCGUGGGUUGAUCGGAGAGGCCGAGCUACACGGCGGCAGUACCCCGUACAGCAGAACACCUGAGCUGAGGGUGACACAUAAGUUGGCGGAGCGGAAACGCCGUAGCGAGAUGAAGGAUUGCUUCGAGGCUCUGCGGAUGCGUCUCCCGCAAAGCCAGAACAACAAGUCGAGUAAAUGGGAGACUCUUACAAGAGCAAUUGAAUACAUUGGGCAACUGGAGAAGAUGCUGAGCAACGCUCGCCGGGAGAACGAUCUCCUCCGGACCGAAAUGGACGACAUGCGGGCCCAGUUUAAUCAGCAGCAGCAGCAGCAGCAGCAGCAACAACAACAAGCUAAUGGGCAAUCACGACCGCAGUCAAUGUUCGAGCAUCAUUCGAUGGCCACGCCGCAGGCUAAUGGGCAAUCACAUGGCGCUAUGUUUCCUGGUUACGCCCCGGCCGCUGGAAUGACGCAGGAGCAGCCGCGGACAUUACCACCUCUGAUGAAUGGGUCUGUCGCACCAAUGCAAGGCGUGCAGUACACCGAUGAGCGACGGUAAUACAACAAAGGAAAUCUUCUCUACGCAAUUAUUUUAUGACAUGGCUGUGAUACGAGUAUGCCGGUCCUGAGCCUGUUCCAUUCAGCCUCUUGCGCCUUGAACGCGGAAACGUCAUCUUCUUAUUCUGUAGCUCACUUGUAGAUUUGAUUCGGGUGGUUCCGUCCCU